UCCGCGCGUCAUUGAACACGCUAGGUGGAUUGCGUACAAACUCUUAGAUUAUGAGGAAACUGUGACUCCUCUGUCACACUACAACUUGAUUGAUACCACAUGCCAGAUGCUUUGCUAUGUAAGCAACGUUUUUUAAGAUGGUGUUCCAGGAAGCUUUUCCAGUUGCUGUCCUUGUUUUGUUGCGUUUGCCCCCUGCUUCUUUCGAUACUCUACAAAUUUCAACUCUUCGCCGGAAAGUUCAAAAAAGGGGCGCUGGAUUUGAAAUCGUCAAGAGCAACACAAAUUGUUGUCAAUCCUUUGCCGCCUAAACAGGGCUCUAGCCUGUUCAUCAAAAUCCCCUACUACUACUUCGAUACUAGAACGCAGCACUGGCUCGCGGCGUCCCUCUCGCACCUGAGACAAGCGCAGCGGGCGACGGCCCCCGAAGCUCUACGAGUCGUCACCUACAAUGUCACCUACAAACCGUAUUUUGGCUGGUUUUUUCUCGACAGCACCCGGUGGGAGUACAUCAUCAACGUGCUCCUCUCCAGCCUCAACGCCGACGUCAUUUGUCUCAACGAGGUCUGCGAUAAGCUCCUGGAGAGGAUCAAGAGCGCUGCGUGGGUCAAGAAGGGCUACUAUCUGUCCGAAAUCGAGGGCGACUGGAAAAAGAAAAAAAAUUUGAUCAUUUCCAGGUUCGCAUUUGCUCGACUAUACAAAGAAGUGUACGGCAGACAGGGCGCGGUCUCCGGGUGCAUCAUUCUCGGGGAAGCCGUCCCGCUGUGGAUUUGCUGCUGUUGCCUCGGAGACAAGCCCUCUGAAACGCAGAAACGAAAGGCCCAGCUCGAUAACCUCUACCAAAAACUUGAAUAUGUCAGCACAGAGGGCUUCUCUAUCAUCCUCGGGUGCUUGAACUUUUACAGCGAGAAAGAAGAGGCGAACAUUCAGAGCCCGUACAUCGACCUAUGGCCUCACCUGUGUAAGGGCCAAAACGGGCACACCUACAGUCGCGGCAUUUACGGCUUUUUAAAAUGGCCCGGUUCCGACGGCACCAAGAAGCUGAGGCCAGACCGCAUCCUGUUCAACUACAACCCUUGUCUUGACCAAUCAAAGGACGAGCGAUUUCCUGCCCACCACCCGGCGUCGAAGUGCAUUAUCGAGCCGGUCUCUAUGUUUUUGUUCGGAAACGAGCCAAUUUCGAGCAUUCUAGACCUCUACGCCAGCAACCACUAUGGUCUCGCGGCCGACUUCAAGGUCAAACUGAUUCAGUAGAGGCGUAGCUGCGUCGACUCGCAGAGAGAAAAAUUAAACUGGCGCGGCAAAACCGCGUGCCGCAGAGAAUCCAAGCAACGUCGCUCCAAACACGGAGUAGAGCCCGCCACUCUCUGCGGGGGGGGGGAAGGGGAAAAAAAUGCAAAAUUUUGCCUGUCAAACGCGCGGGUACGCAGUCGACGCGACGCGCCCCAUCUCGUCGCUUCGGACCCGCCCCUGUUUGAUCAAGGAAUCAUCGCAACGUGCUCUGGCGAGCGAGUACGGAGGCGAAAGAGCAGGCGAGUCGCGCCCGCGAAGAGGGGGGGAGAAUCGCCCCGAAAAAAAAUGUCACAACGAACGAAAUUGUACGCUCGCUGCUAUUCUCCCUAAAGGUUCCGUAAGAGCCGGCCUCGCGCAGCCAUUUGCUUCUCCGAGGCGCAACUGAGGAGACCAGCGAACGCCGCACUUACCCGACAUGGAAACCGGAAGAAGGCUCAGAAGGGCCAAGCUAGACAUUGGCUACGACGACGGCCAGUUUGCGUAUCGAAGCAAGCUAAGUCUCUACCCGACUCCGCCGCGCGGACGCGUCACCUUGGAGGAGUUCGAAACCUACGCUCUGGCGAGACUUCGAGGUGCGAUGAGAAUGUGCAUAAAAAUAUUGUACCGACCAUAAAUUGUAAUCGAUGUAAGAAAAAGAGAGAGGAGACUCUCGCGGUCCUAACGGAGGCGUUUAUCAACGGCGGUCUCAAAAGCGUUGAGGGAAAUAGAGUCCGCUGUGUCCAAUCACCAGACGGCCAAAAGGGAUGGCCUGAUCCAGGCUGUCCGAAAAAUAUUGAAAAGCUAUUUACCCCUGUCUCAUCCCGAAGA